AGAAACGAGGCUGUCCUAUUCCGCCAUAUUUAUCAUGUGUGAUUUCCUGAAGAUUAAGUCAGUAAGAAGCCGAAAAUAAUGGGAUAAAUGGGUAAACUGAAGAAAUCAUGAGGAUCAAACAAGGGAGCGGUAAACAACACGUGUAUUUAUAUAGAUAUAUAUAUCACAUAACUUGUUGAUUUGAGUAACUAUGUCAACACCCGGUACAGAAAAGUACAGCAGAAUUUUGCUGACAAUAAUAAAAGGUGGGACAAAACUUACAAGAAGACUCUGUGAGAAAAGAGUUAAAGAUCUAAGUGAGAAUGGUGGAGAAGAUACUAUCGAUGAUUUUUUGUCAAAAAAUAAGUCUGUAAUAUUAAACAAGAAAACAGGGAAAAACAAGGAGAAUAUAUAUUUUCCAUCAUCAGGAAAGACGAAUCUAGAAGAAUGGGACCUUGGUAUGUUUUGUUAUAUUCUUGAAGAAGCAUGUGAUCUGUCACCUACUGCAAAAAUGUAUGUCCAGGAUCUUCAAAAGGUCAGAAAUAAUCUUUGUCAUUCAAAUGACCCAACAUUAGAAAUUGGUAAAUUUCAAGUUUAUAUUGAGAAAAUUAAAUGCAGCUUCGAACACUGUUUGAGGGUGAUAAAUGAUGAAGAGUUCAAAAAGGAAAUGAAAGCACUAAUUACGUCAUUUGCCACUGGUCCAUUAUCAUUAGAUGAUACACUUAUAGCUAUGCAUACGUGUUUCCGUAUAGAGUGGGAUCAAAAAGAAUUUUUAGAAAAAAUUGUGAAAGGUCAGGACUUGACGAAUGAAAAGCUUGACAGAAAUUUCGAAAUGCUUGAGAAAAUUGAUUCACGUUUGCCACCUGGUGAUUCUGUCGAUAUCCAAAGUAUUGGUAUUGUGAUAGAGGUUAGAAAUUGCAGCGCAGAAAAGGAGAAAGAAGUUUUAGAUAUCUUAGUGAAGAACUUUAACGAGGCUAUUAACAAGACAGAAUCAAGUCUUGAAAAAGAACUGCCAAACGGUGCUCUACAUACAUUAAGGGAAACUGUUACACAAGUGUUCAAAGAAUUUUUAAACAUGGGAAGAAAUAUAAUAAGUGUGCAGCAAAAAUGUCUCUUGCUUACAGUUAAGUGUACAUCAAUCACAAGCUUUGUCAAUAUGAUCCGCGAUUACAGAACGGAUGCACUUUCAAUGCAACUCUCAGGGAUUGAAAGAGCUAUAAAGAAUUUGCAAGGUUGUGAAAAUGUACAGCUUGAAAGUCUGAUCUUCAAAGAGGAAUUUAUGGCUGUCAUGGAUGACCUUGUUUCCAAAUUAGAUGAACAGGUCCAGCCAACCGAAUACGCGGUCGUACCCUAUAUGUCUCAAAGUAGUAUGCAAGUAGGCGCAAAUCAACCAAGAACAAACGGGAUUGGAACUAUGCAUCUGUCAGAACAAAGUAAUCAACAAACAACUGCCACUACAGAGAAUUCAAUUCGGCUAUCAUUUAAAUGUGCAACAAUUUCACAAAGGGUAAAGGUACAAGAGUUCUUAAAAACAGGGAUGUUUGGAAACGGUAUGAAGCGUAUUGAAACACAACUAGGACAAGAGCUGAAUGUACAAAAUAUGUCAUUAACAACAAAACUAAUCAAAGAGGACAGAACAAUUAAUGUCGACAUUCCUGACAAAACAGAUAUAGACAACCUCACGAAGGAUGAAGACCAAACAUCACGUGUGGAGGAUGUAGAACAAACCAAACUUAGAAGACAUGGACUAGAUUGUGCCACGGGCUCAUUGUUAAAGGACAAAGAAGUGGUGAAAGAUGUUUAUAAAGAACAGCAGUCAAGUAUGAAACAAGAAACAGAAAACCUGAAGAUUGAAAAGUACGUUCCAUCAAAAAGCAUUGAUGAACUCAUUAAAGAUAGUCGUAUUGAAAUGAUAAGGGGCAAUACUAAAGACGCUGUUGACAUAGCUAAAAAGGCAACUGUUCUUAUUGAUGAAAAAAAAGAUAUUUCACUUACAAAAAAAGAAUCACCAGUAUUGGAAGAACACUUAUCAGAUUGGUAUGGGGAAUGUUAUUCAAUUCUGUACUCGCUAGGGCAAAUAGACAAAGCAACAAUGUGCUACUACAAAGCGAACGUAUUUGAUCCAGAGUGGGAUUAUGAUGGACACUUAUCUGUGUCAGAGAUGCUUUGGGAAAAUCUUGUUUUUUUCAAGUUAAUCACUCCAUAUGAUGAAGUUUCAAAGCAUGUUGACGUUUUACUUGAAGAAUUAGAUGGACUUGCAAGAUAUGCCGAAGCCAGAAAAAAAUGGUCUUUGUGUGUUGCAAUAGAUGGUGAUAUUGAAGCAGUAUACUACUUCUUAGAGAUGUUGAAAUUGUUCAAAAUAAAACCUUUCGAUACAAGCAGGAAACAAGAGAGAAUAGAUAUUUUAAAACGCAUGUCUAGAUGUUACCUAAAAAUGGGCUUACACCAAGAUGCCAUAAAAUCUUGCACUAAAAUUGCUCAAGAAUUAGGCGGAAAUGGCGACACGGAGACAUUUGAAACCUUGAAGCAGUCACUAACACAAACAAACAAUUACGAAAUGGCAGCAAAGGAAUGUUCAUUAGCCUUCAGAUAUUACAUGAAUGAUGCCAAGAGUGAAAAGCAGCUACAGAUUUUGCAAAACGACAUUGAAAAGAAGAGAAAACUGCCCGACGAAGCCUGGUUGGAAGGUACUAAUGCUAUUUGUUUGCAUGCGUCAUCCUCGAUAGAACCUCAAGAAAUUCCCAAGAAAAAUAAGCACAAACGUCGUCGUCCAAAAGCGAAAGACCGUCAAGGACGCGAGUCAGUUGGUAUACAUAGGGAUUCAAAUAUCUCCAAGCUUGACGUUACAAAUGAAGGCAGUCAUGAACAUUUAACAAAUGAUGCAGCUGUAAGCUCUCUAGAAAAAUCCUUAUCUACAAAACAUGAGGUAGACAAAGAAAUGUCGGAGUCAGCCCUAGAAUCAGAUUACGAAUUUUCAGAAACGUCGCGUUUUGAUGAUUCUGAUGAAGAAGAUGUCAGUAACAGUACUUUAGAGAUAUCGGAAGACAAAAGGUCUUUUUACGAGAAGAGCCUUGACAGCCAGUACCGAGGUACAGAUAUGGAAAGACAUUUACAAAAAGGCGUAUAUCUCAGUGACAAUUAUCUCAAACAGUUCAAACAAAAUCGUCCAACUUCAUAUCGUCAGUCCUUUUAUCCUGAAUUGUUAGACGAGGCUUCGUUGAGAAAAUUAGUAAGAGAUUCACCAGGAAAAUAUAUAACUGGUAUUAUAUAUUUUGAUUCAACACAUGAGGCGCAUUGCAAACCUCUUGAUUCAGCUCAAAAUAUCAGUAUCAUUGAAAUUUCGGGACGCUCAAAAAUUGGUUUUGAAGUGUUCAAUGAAGAUGAAGUUGUUGUUGAAAUACUUGAUGAUUUUGAGUCAAAAGAGAAACGAUACGGGAAAGUUUGUGGUAUUUUACAGAGGAGGCGACAAAGAAAUGUUAAACACCCUGUAUUCCUUUGCACAUUAGAUGAGACAGAAUGUCAUCUUGUUAAGCCCCUUUGUAGGACAGUACCAAAAUUACACAUCCUCACAAAAGAGAUUAAAAAGACGUAUAAGACAAAAAAGGAAAAAGAAAACAAGCUGGAGAUAUACCAGUAUGAUGAAAUUCAUGGAUGCUUAAAAAAUCCUAGAAUUAUAGAUAUAGUUCCAACUGAAAAACAGUCGUACGUUUUAGCAGUGGCAUAUAUAAAAUGGGGAACAAGACAUUAUUAUCCGAGAGGAGCAGUUAUUGAAAUUCUCCCCACAGUAAGAAAUAAGAAUACAGGACUCACAAUCCUAAACUUGCAGUAUGCAAUCCCUGGUGUGUAUGACAGUGGCACUUUAAAAGAUACAGGCGAAUGUAUUCAGCGGUACGAAAAAGAGCUCGAAAAUAUAAUGAAAGGCAGGUUAGAUCUCACAAAAAUUAAUACAUUUUCCGUAAAUGAGUCAAAUGUUGUUGAUGUGAAUUAUGCAUUUAGUAUAGAAGAAGUUGAAAAUGGAUACAAAAUUGGUGUACAUGUUUCAGACGUGUCUGAAGUUGUGAAAAAAGAUUCGAAUUUAGAUAAAGAAGCUUUUCGCAGAUCAACUACCUUUGAUUCUGGCAUUUCUAAGCUGAUUCAUAUGUUACCUGAGCCUCUAAGUGAAGAUAUAUGUAGUCUUCUACCCGGAAAAAUUAGACCUACUAUUUCCUUGUUUCUGUUUAUUUCCAACGAAGGCACUCAAAUGCAAAGGGAAGAUAAAGAUUAUGAAGUUUGUUUGUCUUUCAUAAAGUCAAGCCGUAAACUAUCAUAUAAAGAUGUUGAUAGACUUUUAUCGUCUGACGAUUGUGAUGAUGAAUUGACAAAAGACGUCUGUACUCUAGUAAACCUUUCUUUAAGAAUGAAAGCAAAUAGAGAGAAAUAUCCAACGGAUGCUUCCAGCAUUGCCUAUGAUGAAGCAUUUGGAUUUCGCCAGUCCGGUUCUGAAUGGACAAAAGCAAACAUCAUGACAGACGAAAUUCUGGACAUGGCGAACAAAAAAAUUACACUUUAUUUGCAAGGAAAAUAUGGAGAUUGCCUACCCGUUAUGUAUACCAAACCUUCGAGUAAUGAAGCUGUACAAGCCUUCCUCAGAAAUGCAGAUAAUAAUUUAGAUUUAGUAUGUAAGUUGCAAAAUAAACGCAUUGGCACAAAAGUUCCAAAAUACAGUACUUGUGGUGAUAAAAGAACAAGCGUAAUUUUGUCUAGAAAUGUAUGGGAAGCAAUAAAAGAGUUACCAAAAAUGGCAGGGGACUAUAUUCAAAACGAUGAUCUUCAUCCGUUUCAGCGUAUUUUAUAUUCAAAGUUACAAUCAAUUCUAAACACUGUCGAAUACAAACCAUGUGGUUCUUUGAAGGAAGUCAAACCAAAGCCGUUAAAAUCAACCAGAUUUACUUCUCCAAUAUCUUCUUUUAUUGAUAUGAUUGUAAUACGACAACUGCAUUCCGCUCUAGUCCAUGGGGAAAAUCCUUAUACUAUGAAGGAGAUCAACAGCAUAUGUAUGUAUGCAAACUCUAUGAGAAGCAAAGAAAAAGAAUAUAAACAGGCAUGUAACAUUUUGGCAACAGCUACAGAUCUUCAAAAUAAUCCUAUGAUGAUACUUGCAGUUGUGAGCAAGGUAUCUAAUAAAAGCAUCCAUUUACUUACAAACAUCUCAAAGAAAGAAUUUGAGCUACCCUUUAGUCUGUUAGAUGCAGCAGAAAAGCCAAUUGUCUUUCAAGAUACAAAAACAAAAUUUGAUAAAGUGAAAGUUACUUGGAAAAAAAGGCUAUACAAUAUCAACAUCGGUGAAAAAAAAGAAAAUGAAAAAGGGUUUGAUUUGGCCAUUAAUCCUUACAGUGAUGUUGUCUUCAUGCCUUUACAUGAAUGGACAAAAAUGCUUAAACUAAGCAAAGAAGGAAAUGAAGAAGCAUUAAGUCGUGAAAUCAAAAGGGCAAAUGUCAGUAAUGAAUACGAAGGAUAUGAUGAUGUUACAACAGAAUGUGUUGAUUCGUUAGAACUUAAACCUGAUACAAAAUUUUCCAUGACGUUUUCCUUAGGACAAAUUGUAAGGGUACAGAUUACUGCAGAACAUCUUAGAGGAAUGCUCAAUCCAACUUUAAUGCUGUACAACAUGACCAAUAAUGUAAAAUUUUGUAUCCAACACCAAAAUGAUCCGUUAAAUCUUUAUGAAUAUGCAUUACAUGCAUCGUGUCAACAGUAUGAGGAUGUGGAAGAAUACUUAAAUAUUUGGGAACCAAUCUUGCUAAUGGAGUCAUCCAUUGGUGCUGUCAAGAAUGAAGAAAACUUUUGCAUAAAAGACGUUCCCGUAAAAUUUAAUGGUAGAAAAGGCAGUUUUGCAUUAGGCUUAGCAGAAUGUGAAUCUAGAAAUAUAGAGUUCUCAGGAACACUUUCUGAUGAGGAUGAAAAUGAUGAUAAUGAGGAAGAUACAACUGGGAAACCAUGCUAUGAUUGGUUGUGUAUAAAGACAACAGUCCCAAAUACUAACGUACGAUCCCACAGCUUCACAGAUCCUUUAUGGGUUGGUCAUGCAAAAAUAGAGAAAGUUCGUCGUAAAAAGGUUUCGUCAUCAGCAAAGAUUACGGUGAAGUUUUCACUUCACGAGAAAGCUCCAUCUAGGCCAAAAUCUAUUCGUACUGUGGAUACAAAAUACAGCGUGGAGGUUUUAAGGAAAAUGGAAGUAGACAGGCGAUCAGAAAGUUUCAUCAAAAUGCUUCGACAUGAAAAGGAAACAUUGGCAACGAAAAUAGCAUUAAAAAAGGCUAUACCACCCUUAGAUGAAAGUCGAAAAAGCAGUGCCGGACAGAUAAAACAUGACCUAUUUUAUGAAGCUUCAAAUGAAGAUUUGUUGCAAAAACGAAUGCCAAAGAAUAAUGAAAAACAGAAAGAAGCAAUCGAAAAAGCCCUUACUUCGAAAUUUUCUUUAAUACAAGGACCACCAGGAACUGGAAAAUCAAUCACUGGUAUCAAAUUGAUAUAUCUCUUCGAUAAAAUAAAUGAGAAGAUACACAGAGAGAAAAAGCCGAGGAAGCAAGUAUUAUUUUGUGGACCAUCAAAUAAAUCUGUAGAUUUAAUUGCAGUAUGGAUGUUAAAAAGAAUGGGAAACCAUCGUCCAAACUUUGUCAGAGUGUACGGUAGAUCAAUUGAAACGAUAGAUUUUCCGGUACCAGGAAGAACAUUUCAGUCCAAAAAAAGCACCCGAGCACAGAGAACAUCACCUGGGCUUUACCAAAUUGCUCUUCAUCAUCUGAUUAGGGAAAAGGGCAAGAAACAUGCCGACGAAAUCAACAAAUUCGAUAAAAUGUUUAAAGAUGCAAACUACAAACCAAUGCCAUUACAAGUGAAGAAAUAUGUGCAUCUGAUCAGGGAAGCAUCAAUUGAAGAAAUAAGAAAGCACGAUGUUAUACUAUGUACAACUGCUGUUGGGUCAAACCCAAAAGUUCUUUCUGCAGCAAGCGUUUAUCAGGUAAUCAUUGACGAGGCUGGGAUGUGUCCGGAACCACACUGCCUUGUUCCUAUUAUUGCUACUAAAGCAGAACAAGUUGUUCUUAUAGGUGACCAUAAACAACUUAAACCGAUUGUCAUGUGUAAAGAGGCAGCAUCACUUGGACUUGAAAUAUCUUUAUUUGAAAGAUAUGCACUGUCAGUAUCACGAGAUUCCUCAAAUGUCGAGUUUACAAUGCUUGAAGAGCAGUAUCGUAUGGACCCGAAGUUAAGCGAAUUUCCAUCUUCUGAGUUCUACCAGAAUAGAUUAAAAAACGGAAACGACGGUAUCCGCUGUGGUAGUAACCUUCCCUUUUGGCCAAAAGACGGAUCCGAGAUAUAUCCCAUGGGUUUUGUUCAUGUCGAAGGGCAAGAGGAGACAUUGCCAGUCUCAACCGAAGAUGGAAAUGAACAGUCUAGAAGCAAUGCUGCUGAAGUUGAUCUUGUGGUUAACGCGUAUAAAUACCUGAAGAAAGAUGAGCAUAAAGUAAGCAUCAAGAUAUUGUCCCAGUAUAAUGCGCAGUGCUCUGAAAUAAAAAAGAAAUUGGAAAAUGAAAGUUUCGCUGACGUCGGCACUGUUGUAUCAAGUCAAGGUGGCGAAUGGGACUAUGUAAUUUUUAGCACGGUUCGAUCCUUACCUGACUACAAGAUAGAAAUAAACCCUACCAUUGGAUGGUGUCAGCAUAAUCUAGGAUUCAUUACGGAUAGAAAUCAGAUAAAUGUUGCAUUAACAAGAGCAAAAAAAGGCCUGAUAAUUAUAGGUAAUAAGAAACUUCUGCAAUGUGACGCUGUUUGGAAGAAAAUGAUACAGCACUAUGAAAAUCAUGGCUGCGUAUUCGAACCUGAUAAGUUUGAACCUACAGCAGGCUGCAAGCGACAAAUAGAAAAUAUCUCACAAGAAUACCAAAACAGAAUAACGCAUAUAGGAUCAGGUGUGAGAGGAACACGGUCGAGGAAGGAAAGGAACUAUUGACUAUAUUAAAGACAACGAAAGUUGAUGAAUAAUUACACAUUUAUGUAUGAAAACAAACAUACUAAAAUGUAUUUAAUAUGUCUUUGUUGAAUUACAACUAAUAUGGUAAGAUAGAUAUUAUAUAUCAUUGAUCUCUAACCAAUUUGUUACGUUGCUUGUUUUGAAUAUAAACAGAAAAUUUUGUUAGUGUUGAAAUUUAGAGUCUGUAAAGUAAGCACUAUUUUUUAGCGCGUGCUCGUGUGUAUAUGUGUAAAUGCGUGCGUUUUUACACAAAUCGUUCAUAUGAAUUAAAUUGGUCCUAUAUGGAAAGGGAAAAUGUUGUUUUCUCUGAUUAUAUUUUUUUUCACAAGACAUAUUAGUCGAUAAAACAUUUAUUUUAUUUUUCAGUUUGUUUGUUUUAGCGAAGAAGUUUCAAUAGUCAUAACAAUUUUGUUUUCUAAAACAUAGUUUGUGAUAAUUACCACAUUGUCUUUAAAUUAGUUCUUUUUUGUUUUUGUUGUUGGUGUGUAUAUAUUUUGUUUUAAUUUUAGUAUCUAAUGAUUAGUUUUUGAAGCAUAUAUGAUAAUAUUAUCAGAUACUCUGUAGAGAGUGACAAUAUACUCUUUUUAAUAUGUUUAAAUAUGUUUAAAAAUGUUUUCUUACAUUUGAUAUGUUGUAUAACUUGUAUCACAUUGAUCAAACUAUAACAAAGAACAAAAAAAAAUUUGAGAAGAUUAUGCCAGCUAACUUUAGAUUAGAUAACAAGUGCCCGCUUGUGUUUCCAAAGUGUACGGAUGAAAACACGUUAUCUUCCAACCACUUAUUCAGGAAAGUCGCCAUGUGAUCUAAUAUUGUCGGUUUGACGCUUUGCCUACUUAGUUCAACUCUAAAAUGGAAUUAGAAUCUAAACUCUUUUGGCGUCGAACGUUUUUGAACUUUUCCUUCAGUGAAAAU